AUGUGCUCUGCCGAAGUAUCAUCCUCCAUGUUAAGGCCAAUGGAGAAAAGUAUGCACAGCUUUGAAAUGUAUGAGCUACACUUGGUAGCAAUUAUUCUUCUCAGUCUCAUCUUAGGAGCGAACGCAUGGAGUUAUAAGGAUGCUAAAAACUGGGGCAAAAAAUAUCCUAAAUGUAAUGGAAAAAAUCAAUCUCCCAUAAUUCUUAAGACACCUGGUCUGAAGGGCUUUCCAGGCUAUAAGAAAACACUCACAUUUGCAGACUUUGAAUAUUUUCCAGACACAUCCACCAUAAAGAAUACUGGUCACGCUGUGGAAAUAACAGGUGAUUGGUCUGGAAAACCUCCAAGUUGUACUGGUGGACCCCUUAAUGGGAAAUACGUGUUUGAAAAAGCCACUUUUCAUUGGGCCCCAAAGAAGAGCGGAGGUGACUAUCCCGAAGUUUAUUUUGAUGCUGUGGAAGAAAUCUCGCAUAAGGUGCGAUCCCCAAAUUCAACGGCAGAUUUAGCCCCGGUUUGCAUUAAAGGUAUUCUAGAAGACAUGACUAGGAAGGCUUCCUUCUUUUUUUAUGAAGGAUCUUUAGACUAUCCACCUUGCUCGGAAUCUGUUUCUUGGUUCAUAGUGGAUUAUUGUGGUCCUAUUACCAAAGGCCUAAUAAAUGGAUUGAAGAAAAUAAAAUUGGCUGAAGGAGACACGUCGAAUGUUAGACCUCCCCAGGCGUUAAACAAACGUCAAGUUAAGAAAGUCCAUAAUCAUGAUGAGAACUUGGAUUUCUAG